UACAUUCGCUGGCUAUUUUUAGUUUAAGUUCUAGAAUGGGCGGCUAUUUGGGUUAAUUCUUCAUCUUUUUGCUCCAAAAUGGCCCAUUAUCAACCCGUAGAUAUUAGGCCCAAUAAACUCUCCACACUUAACGCUGCUUUUGACUGAUCCUAGAUUAGCCACUCUUUCAAGUGAAGCAAUGUUACACAAAUGCAUUUCUCAUAAAUUAGUCUGAAGACGAAAACAUAUUAUUUCACCAGCAAGUAACGCAUGAAGUAUAUCAAUAUUCUAAACUAUGAUAAAGUUCCAAAAGUUAAACUUCUUCCAUUUGUUUUUAGAAUUAUUUAAGAUGAGAAAUACUACAAAUGCUCACACAUAGUGCUACGGUUGCAUUUAUCGGUAGCAUCUUAGUCGAAUUCCUUUAUUUUGCAGGCAACACGUAGAUUCAGUUGGGUCAAUUUUACAGAACAAAACAAGUAUAAGAUUACGGUAAUCAGUUUGUACAAUUUUAUAAAAACCGAUGGUGCUGGAACUAAGAAAGGAUUUGUUUCCUGGGCAUCAAAUAUUGUAUAAACAGAUGUAAGUUUUGGUUGUCAUAGGAGCAAAACGAGUUUUUGUGAGUCAAUACUGACCACUAAAACUAAUAUUCCCCCGUUUCAAUUGAUAUGCGCAAUUUGACUGAGCAUGGAGUUAAAGAGAGACAGACUUUCUGAACGUGCAGUCUAAAAUAUAUCGUGAGAUUUCUGUAGUUAUGAAAACAUGUCAUUAAAAGUAAAAUGGCGAGUGUAAAAUUAUUAUUUUUUCAAAUUUAGAAAUGUGCAAUUCUUUUAUAUGCCCUAAUAAGAAAAUAUGCAACAUAAAAUGGAACAAAUAGAAUAAGAGAAUAUGCAACAUAAAAUGGAACAGAAUCAAGCUCUCGUGUUCUAAAUUAUACUUGGUACGAGAGAUGGUUCCACUAGAAAUAUUUUUUUCAAUAAAUAAACAAGAGUAGUUUAGUCAGUAUAGACACAAGAAAACAUUGUAGUAACUACAAUAAUUUGACGUGGGGAUCUUUGGCCACAUUCAAUAGAAGAAUAAUUUUAAUCUUAUUAAAGUUCUGGUGAUCCCACUUGCACUUUCUUGUGUAGCCCGUGACUAGAUUAUUAAACUAUAGUAUGCCAAGAUCAAAUUUUAAGCUUAGAUGGCUAGGGCUUCACCCUUCCUUGUCAAGGUUUGCUCAGAUUGACUUUGGUUUUCUUUUGGGUAACGCUCUGGCAUUCUUGUAUUACGGGGAUUUUCUUUCAUACUUUGACAUUCAAACAUGAUCUCCUAUAUGAAAAUCAUGGCAUCUAGGCUCUAGCAAGCUCAAAUUGGUUUACCAAGCUUUUAGAAAUAGACCCAAAAAAGGUUAUUUCAUUGUUGAUUAUGCAUAUAACUUACUCCCUCCGUCCCAAUUUAUGUAGAUAUUUGACUAGGCAUGAAAUUUAAAAAACAAAUAAAGGAAAACUUUUGAAAUUUGUGAUCUAAAACAAUCCAUACAAAAUUGUUUGGUUAGAAAUCAUCUCAUUAAGGGUAAGAAAGUUAAAGUACAAUUAUUACUAAAUAGAGAAAGGUAUCAUUCUUUUUCUUUUGGGACUGACUAGGAAGGAAAGAGUGGCGGUAUUAAAGGAAGAGUUGUACCUUUUUGCUCCUUUUGAAAGCUCAUUUCAUACAUCCAUGUAAAGGGGAGUUAUCCUACUUCUGGCCAAUAUGUAGUCUUAGCUGCACACUCUAUAUAUGGCAUUUGCCACUUUGUAGCUCGAAUCAAGAGGUAAGGCCAUAACCACUACUUGUACUCUCUAUAUUUUGAUCUAUGAUAUUUUCACCCAAGAAACACUAGGGUGAUUUUUCCUUUUUUAAAAAAAGGGUCUAGCUAGUGUGCGAUAAACUACAUAACAUAAUUAUGUUUUACACUGUCAGCAUGCAUAAUAUAUCAUCGAUAAAGGUACGAGAUAAAUCAAUUACUAGAAUUUUAAUAUUGAAACUCAACGUGGAACAUUGAAACCAGAAAUUCCUUCUUCACAUACCUCCAAGAUCUACAAAAAUUAUUCUUCUUGCCAGCUAAAAUUCCUGGCUUACACACAUGGUUUUAAGAAUGUUUUCUCAUCAUUCUUUUGCCUCCCUCCUUACAUGCAGCCUAUAAAAGCAAGCCAUUCAUCUUUUCAUUCUUCAUCAUCUUAAUUCAAAACAUUUCUCUGUUAUCUCUUUAGCUAGCAAAUCUUGCACUAGCUUUGAGAUCAAGAUGGCCAAGUCACUAGCCCUCUUUCUUGUAUUCAAUAUCCUUUUCUUCACAGUAGUGAGUGCAUGCAGCACUUGCCCUGGCCCUAAACCUAAACCUAAACCUAAACCUAAACCAAAGCCAAAGCCAUGUCCCCCUCCUCCUUCUUCUCAAGGUGGCAAAUGCCCAACUGAUGCCUUAAAACUAGGUGUUUGCGCUAAUGUGCUUAAUGGUUUGCUGAAUGUUACCCUGGGAACUCCACCAGUAAAACCAUGCUGCAGUCUUAUUGAAAAUCUUGUGGACUUGGAGGCUGCUGUCUGCCUUUGCACUGCCCUUAAGGCUAACAUUUUGGGAAUUAACCUUAAUCUCCCUAUUUCUCUCAACUUACUUCUCAAUGUUUGCAGUAAGAAGGCUCCAAAGGGAUUCACUUGUCCCUAAAUGGUUCUCUCACUUUUCGUUUUUCUUCUGAAGUUGGUUUGAUUUUCAUUUGUUUAGCAGUUUGUGAUGUUCGAUUUAUCUCCUGCAUUAAACUUCUCGUUAGGUGCAAGGUUGUGGUUUGUUUUGGAUUGCUUAGCGUUGGAACAGGCUCUUGAACCGCCAAUUGUUUGUAUGCCCUUUGGAAAUAAAUAUAUUUCUUGGUAUGAUUUUUGUGCAGUA